GUUUCCAUAAUAAAUACAACAAAGUUAAACUGAAAGCUGAUUGUAAUAAACAGUGCUGAUUGCAUUCUGUAAUUACAAUGAAAUUGAAAAUAUCUUCAUUCAAAGAACCAAAACACGUCGGAGUAGUAGUUUGCGUCAAUUGGAAUAAUACAGAAGAUGUAUUUUCUUGUGGCGAUGACCACAAGCUGCUGAAAUGGAAUUUAGUAAAUAGCGAAUGUAUGGUGGUAACCACUUUCGCCGAAGACUUUUAUCCAACAAGUAUGCACUUGUUUCCAAAAAUAAAUCUAGGUGGGAAUAAACAUCAGCAUGAUGUUAUUUUAAUAUCUACAGCCGAUGGAAAAUUUCAUAUAGUAAAUCAUAAUGGAAGGAUAGAAAAGAGUGUUAAUGCUCAUCAAGGUGCUUGUCUUAGUGCUCAGUGGAGUCCGGAUGGAGCAGGUCUUCUAACAGCUGGUGAAGAUGGGUUUGUAAAGGUGUGGUCAAGAAACGGGCUUUUAAGAUCCACAAUAGUUCAAUCAGACGCACCAUGUUAUAGUGCCAUAUGGAGCCCUGAAAGCUCUGCCAUACUGUACACUAAAGGAAAUUUCCUUAUAAUUAAACAAUUGAAUUCUAAUUCUAAGAUAACGAAAUGGAAAGCCCAUGACGGUCUCAUACUUUGCGUAGCAUGGAAUGCAAAUAAUAAUCUUAUUUUGUCUGGUUCUGAAGAUGGCUUUUCUAAGAUUUGGGAUACAUUUGGUCAGCAAAUAUCAGUAAGCGUCAAACAUGACCAACCUAUAACAAGUGUUAGUUGGUCUCCGGCAGGAGAUCUUUUCGUCAUCGGAAGCUUCAACUUAAUACGAUUGUGUAACGCUAAUGGAUGGUCACAUUGUCUCGAACGUCCAGCCACUGGGAGCAUAUACAAUAUUGCGUGGUCGUCAGAGGGAACACAACUAGCAGCUGCCUGUGCAAACGGCCAAGUCAUGUUUGCUCAUAUUAUAGACAGAGAAUACACAUGGAAGAACUAUGCAUGUACACAAACAGGUCGCAAAGUGAUAUCAAUCAAAGACAUUAUAACUGAGCAAAGUGACCAACUUGACUAUCCGGACAGAGUUAUACAAAUUGCCUUGGGUUUCAACCAUCUCGUAAUAGCUACAGUAAAACAGUGCUUUAUACAUAAGCUUAGCUCAUGGAAUACACCAGUCACUUUUGAUCUGAAAGAAGGAACUAUUAGUAUGAUUUUGCUUUCAGAAAGAUGCUUGUGCGUAGUUGAAAGGGCUGGUUUAUCAGUUUACAGCUAUAUGGGUCGAUUACUAGCGAGUCCUCGAUCGGGGGUUCGUCCAGAUACUUUAGGUCGUGCAGCUGUAUCUCUUGGACCUGAUGCUUUGGCUGCGAUUGAUCAAACUGAUCGAAAACUUAUCCACGUAUUUGAUUUACCCACUGGGCUCAUAGUCAGAAGCUCCACGGAUAACACGGUAACAAAAAUGACACAUAAGAUGACGGUCUCAACUAUUGCCCUGAGUCAAUCAGGACCAAUCAAUGAGAGACAGCUAGCGCUUCUGGAUUACAAUAGAGAUUUGUAUGUCGUCACUGUCAAAGAUCCCAAACCUAAAUUCAUGAAACUCGGUUCUCAAAUCUUAAGCAUUGCCUGGAGCAAUGAAACUGAACUUUUAGUAGGAUUGAGGGCAAAUGGAGUUGUAGCUUGGUGCUGUCCUCGUGCUGCCACUCAGCCAGACUGGCUUGCUUUAACUACUUUAACAAAGGAAAUCUCAGAUCUUGGCCGUAAUCCUAUCGUGUUAUGUGUGGAAGAUGGUAUUGUACAAGUGUGUCGAGGCAAUGGUUCUCUGUUACAUGUUUCUUUGGCUGCUUUUCCCGAAAAGCUUUUGAAGCAUAUCGCAGCAAAUAUGUGGAAUGCUGCUUUACAGUUAUGCAGAACAGUUGAGGACGAGACAUUAUGGGCAUGCUUAGCCGUAUUGGCUUGGCAACAUCAUCAGCUUGCUGUAGCUGAAGAAGCGUUUGCCCUCAUUCAUCAGUAUCAACAAGUGUGCUACAUACAGCAUCUCAGGAAUACUAUUCCUGAGAAAUUAUCAACAAACGGAUUAAAAGUAAACUAAAUACUGUAAAUAAACAUUGAAUUACACAUUUUAGAGAUCAA